AGGAAAUCCAUCAACGAGGACUGGCAGCUGCGUCGCCAACCCCCCUCCCCUAGCCUCACAACCUCAAUAUUCAAACGCAACGACACUCAACACGUCGUGCUCCACGCGCGUACCGGCCGCAUACCGCCAUUUCGGCAUCGAUUUGCACCUCUCGCCCUUUCACAUCUCCCAGCCUUCGAUUCGGUCAUCAAUCGUGAAGGACUGAAGGGACAUCGCGCCAAGUUGAUUCCAUCUCCAAAAAGUCGUUUAACAUCAACACAGGACGCGAUCCAACGUUCUAUCGCGCAACAACACUUGCUUUUGCCCUCCGAAGGCAUCCGCGUCACUUUUUUGGUCAUUGCCGCCUCGGCCCAUCAUUCACUUGGCCAUCAAAAGCCCCCCUUACAUCAAACCUGAUGCGCAAGGCUGGUUCUUGAUAUGCGCAAAGGCCGAACAUAAGUCCAACGACAGUCCGCCGCGAUUGAAUAGACAUCAGAUCUCGCAACUAUGGCUUCCGUCCAGACCGCUCCCGCUGUCCAGCAGCCUGGCAGCGUGGCUCCCAAUGCUCCACCAGGAUUUAACCUCCAGGAGGCUUUGCAGAAAUACAAGCAGAUGAAGGAAUCCGGCGUAUCAGAAAAGGACCCCGAACUUCAAAAGCUCCACCAAAUUCUUACGAAUAUGUCACAACAGCGCAUGUUCCAACAAAAGCGAGCUGCCUUCGCUCAACAACAGCAGCAGCAGAUCUUAAAUCAACAAAAUGCUACUACCUCCGCUCCUAAUGGUGCCAACGGCACUCGCACUGCGCCUGCAACAACCCCCUUACCCACCUCCCAAACUCCCACCACAUCAUCUCUUGGCCCCUCUGCUAUACCCGCCGGUGCUGCGAAUACACCUGCACCGAAGGGAGCUGUGCAACGCACAACAGCUGGUGGUAGUGGAUAUUUCACCCCGGAACAAUUGAGCAUCUUGAAGCACCAAAUAUAUGCCUUCAAAUGCUUGUCAAAGAACAUGGGCAUUCCGUUGCCUACGCAACAGCAGCUCUUUGCUUCCCAGCAGAAGAAGUCACCUCUCCCCGCCGAUCAACCUCUUGACGCUGCAGCCACAAAGGCCGAUGAUGUGUCCACUGCGAAUGGUGUCGAUGCUGCUACUGGAGAGAAAGAUGCCACAAAGAUGAAGGAGCACGAGUACACUGGAUUCAAGUCUCCCCAUGCUGGACUAUCGAACAAGAUCAGCUACUCUGCGCACAAGAAGCGAGAGAUGCGACCUAUGAUUCCAAGCACAAUGCCAUCGGGUGUGGAUAUCGAGAAGCUCAGAACCGAGCGAGAAAUCAUUAUAUACAAUCGCAUGCAAGCUCGAAUGCAAGAGCUCAAGUCACUUCCAGCAAAUAUCGCCCACAUCGAUGUCCGGAAUGAAGACCUGACCCCGGAAGAUACGCUGAAGCGCAAAGCUUUGAUCGAGAUGAAGAUGCUGGGGUUGUAUCAAAAGCAGAGAAAUCUGCGAGAGAGAGUUGGACGCCAGAUGAUUCAAUAUGACAACCUGGCUAUGACCGCUAACCGAAGCCAUUAUCGACGAAUGAAGAAGCAGUCACUACGGGAAGCGCGCAUCACCGAGAAGCUUGAGAAGCAACAGCGCGAUGCUCGUGAGACUCGGGAGAAGAAGAGACAUACCGAUUACCUCCACCAUGUCCUUACUCAUGCUCGGGAAGUUAACACAGCGGCGGCAAACCAGCGACAGAAGAUGCAGAAGCUGGGCCGCAUGAUGAUUGCACAACACCAGAAUAUCGAGAAGGAAGAGCAGAAGAGAAUCGAGCGAACUGCCAAGCAACGUCUGCAAGCUUUGAAAUCCAACGACGAGGAGGCCUACUUGAAGUUGCUUGACCAAGCCAAGGACACUCGUAUUACUCAUCUGCUCCGACAAACCGAUGGAUUCCUGUCAGAGCUUGCCGCAUCCGUCAAGGAGCAACAGAGAAAGGCCGCUGAGCGGUAUGGAGGCGAGACCAAUGAUGAGUUCUUAAUGGAUGACUCAGAGGAUGACGACGAGGAUGAUGAUAAUGAGACAUCCAGGAAGAACAUUGACUACUAUGCUGUUGCGCAUCGUAUCAAGGAAGAGGUCAACGCUCAGCCAUCUAUCUUGGUUGGCGGUACAUUAAAGGAGUAUCAAUUGAAGGGUUUGCAGUGGAUGAUUUCAUUGUAUAACAACAACCUCAAUGGCAUUCUUGCAGACGAGAUGGGUCUCGGCAAGACCAUUCAAACAAUCAGUUUGAUCACGUACCUGAUCGAGAAGAAGAAGCAGAAUGGUCCUUUCUUAGUCAUUGUACCGCUGAGUACUUUGACGAAUUGGAACCUCGAAUUCGAGAAGUGGGCGCCAUCUAUUGCGAGAGUCGUCUACAAGGGUCCGCCAUUGGCCCGAAAGCAGCAACAGCAGCAGAUCCGUUACGGCAAUUUCCAAGUUCUCCUCACGACCUACGAGUACAUCAUCAAGGACAGACCUGUCUUAAGUAAAAUCAAAUGGAUCCACAUGAUUAUUGACGAAGGUCAUCGUAUGAAGAACUCCUCCUCGAAGCUCAGCGCUACGCUCACUCAAUAUUACUCCACCCGCUACCGACUCAUCCUCACUGGUACGCCGCUACAGAACAACCUCCCUGAGUUGUGGGCCCUUCUGAAUUUCGUCCUUCCAACAAUCUUCAAAUCUGUGAAGUCUUUCGAUGAGUGGUUCAACACUCCAUUCGCGAACACCGGUAGCCAAGAUAAGAUAGAACUGACUGAAGAAGAAUCCAUUCUCGUCAUUCGUCGUCUUCACAAGGUCUUAAGACCGUUCUUGCUGCGUCGUCUGAAGAAGGAUGUUGAAAAGGAUUUGCCCGACAAGACUGAGAAAGUCAUCAAGUGCAAAUUCUCUUCGUUGCAAGCACGCCUCUACAAGCAGAUGGUGACCCACAACAAGUUGGUGGUCAGUGAUGGCAAGGGCGGAAAAACUGGUGCUCGUGGUCUGAGCAACAUGAUUAUGCAAUUGCGUAAGCUUUGCAAUCAUCCAUUCGUUUUCGAUGAGGUUGAGAACCAAAUGAACCCCCUGAGUGUGAGCAACGAUCUACUAUGGCGUACGGCCGGCAAGUUCGAGCUUCUCGACCGAGUUCUGCCUAAGUACCAGGCGACUGGCCACAGAGUGCUCAUGUUCUUCCAAAUGACUGCCAUUAUGGACAUUAUGGAAGACUUCUUGCGUUAUCGGGAUAUCAAAUACUUGCGAUUGGAUGGUACGACAAAGUCCGACGAUCGUUCUGACCUCCUUCGCGAAUUCAAUGCGCCGGACUCUCCAUACUUUAUGUUCUUGCUUUCUACUCGUGCUGGUGGUCUUGGUCUCAAUUUACAAACUGCGGACACUGUCAUCAUCUACGAUUCUGAUUGGAACCCGCAUCAAGAUUUACAAGCUCAAGAUCGAGCUCAUCGUAUCGGCCAGAAGAAUGAGGUUCGCAUUUUGAGACUUAUCAGUUCCAACUCCGUCGAGGAGAAGAUCUUAGAGCGAGCCAAAUUCAAGCUUGAUAUGGAUGGCAAAGUCAUUCAGGCUGGUCGUUUCGACAACAAAUCCUCCGAGACUGAUCGUGAUGCUAUGUUGAGAGUCAUGCUCGAGACGGCGGAAGCUGCUGAAACUCUCGAACAAGAAGAGAUGGAUGAUGAAGAUCUCAACAUGAUUCUCGCUCGCUCGGACGACGAACUCGAAGUUUUCAAGAAGAUGGACGAGGAGCGUGCCAAGGACUUGACAUACGGAACGGCUCAUGGCAGCAAGCGCAUCCCACGCCUCAUGGCCGAAAGCGAGCUUCCUGAAAUUUACAUGUCUGACGGAAAUCCAAUCUCCGACGAACCUGAAGAGAUCAAGGGUCGUGGCGCCCGUGAGCGGACCCGAGUCAAGUACGACGAUGGCCUCACAGAAGAACAAUGGCUCAAUGCUGUUGAUGAUGACGAGGAUUCUCCUGAGGCCGCUGCUGCUCGUAAACAGGCUCGAAAGGACCGUCGCGAGCAAAACAGACUCAAGAGACUCGGUCAAAUACCCGGGUCCAUCGAGAAUUCCCCAGCCGGGAGCCGCGAAAGCACCGAGGAGCCUGAGCCGACCCCUAAGAAGGCCCGAAAUCGCAAGGGCGGAAAGGCUGAUAAUAAGCGAAAGGCCGAAGAGCCUGACGACGAACCGCAGGCGAAGCGAAAGCGUGGUGCUCCUGCUGGUCGCAAGGGUGCAAUAUCUAAUGGUGAUACAGCAGCUGCUCGACAUCGCGCCACUCUUCAAGAGAGUUUGCGAAAGAUCUUUGAUGCUCUCAUGAAGCUAGAGUCUCCGGCUGAGUCGGGUUCUGAAGAGGAUGACGAAGAAGGAGGCGGCACACGCUUGAUCAUUGGGCCGUUUGUUGCGCUGCCGCCCAAGAAGCUUUUCCCCGACUAUUACGUGAUCAUCACAGAGCCAAUCUGCAUGAAGAUGAUUGAGAAGAAGAUUAAGAGCGAAGAAUAUUCCAGUCUUGGUGACUUGAAGAAGGAUGUCCAGCAUCUCUGCCGAAAUGCUAAGACAUAUAACGAAGAUGGCAGUCUGAUUUACGUAGACGCCGUCGCGAUUGAGAAUGCCCUUGAAUCAAAACUCCAAGAAGAAUUGAGUGAUCAUCCAGAGCUUGGUGACCUUGACGAUUCUUCUCGUAAUGGCGAUUCUACUGCACCCACAACCAGUGCCGGAACCCCAAUGCCUGCCGUUUCGAGCGGAAAGUUGAAGCUCACAUUCAACAAGGAUCAGUAUGCAAAUGGUGGCAGCAGUGGCGUGCAGAGUGAUGACGAUUAGGUGAUGAUGGAUAUCUUCGACUUGUUUGUGAUUUGCAACGGUGCGUUAGGUGUCCUGGGUGGUACUUGCAUAUGCGUUGGCUUUGGGCGUGCUGCUUGGUUUAUCAUGGCGUUUAUACAUGGAGAGGAGGACAUCUGGGAAGAAAAUGGGUCGCGUGAUGACCCUGUCUACUCGCAUGGGCCAAAUGCCUAGAUUGUACUUUAAUUAGAUCAGCAAUUGAGAUGUAUGAAGAGUGUUCCGGUGCUCUGGAUCGUGAGAACUUUGAAUAUGCAUAUAUCUGCGAUGCAGAAAGUCAGAUUUUCUCAGCCCUAUCCCAG